UAUUUUGGUAUUCUAAAAUGUCACUUUUAAUAACUAAGUUAAAGAGCUUAUUUUUAAUUAUAUUAUCGGCGUUCAAACGUGCUUUAUGUUGUUUUAGAAAAAGAAGACGAAAUUCUCAUUGUGAAUCAGAAAUAUUAACAACAAUUGGAAUAGUUCCUGCUUAUUCAAAUACAUCAGACUCAAAAACUAAACCAGAUGAGCAAAGUUGGAAUUCAUGGGAUGACAAACCAGUAACUAUACAAGAUCAUAUCGACAGAUACAGACAACAGAGAAAUGUUAUUAAAGAAGUUGCAUCAGAAACCAUUCCAGAUUAUUUUCAGGAUAUGACUCCUAGACUCACUCGACAGCCUAAGGUGUUAAUAGAAACUCAAAAUAAUUCUGAAACAAAUCAAGUAUCUCGUCUUGCAGUUUCUUGUGAUAUUCCAAUAACGACUGAUCUGGAAACUUGGGAUGAUAAUCAAAAUGGAUGGGAGGAUGAUAGUGAGAAUGCAAUGGAACUUUUACGUGAGAAAAGAAGACAUGAAAGACGUGAACAAUUAGAAAAAGGGCAACAAAGAAAAUAUGAUCAUGGGGCAGUAAUCACUUCCAAAAGAAGUGGAGCUUAAUAUAACAUAUGUUUGAUUUUAAUAUAAUUAAU